AUGGCUACUUGCAAGCUGCCUUGUGGUUUUUGAGUGGAAGGAGUGUUUAUUUAGAAGCCUUUCUCUGCAAACCCGCAUUCAUGUAGCCAGUUACAGACAUGCCGCGGUACUGUGCUGUGAAAGUGUGCAGAAACCGCGGGGGAGCAGCGUCAAGACACGACAACAGAAGAAUUAGCUUCUAUCCGUUUCCUCUGCAAGACAAGGCCCGGCUUCAGAAAUGGGUGGACAACAUGAAGCGGGAGGACUGGACCCCAAGUCGACAUCAGUAUCUGUGCAGCGAGCAUUUUACAGAGGACUGCUUCGACGUCCGAUGGGGCAUCCGCUACCUGAAGAACACAUCCAUUCCCACUCUUUUCCCCUCUGCUGAGAAUGAUGGAGAGAAAAAAGUGACCACAAUUCAAAGGAGCCCCAAGGGCAAAGCCAGCUCCCCAGACUCCGAGCCGGACACUACAGGGUGUAUUUUGAGCAGCGCACCCAAAAAUCUCCAGUCAACGACAGCAGACGGGCCCAUUGCUGAACUCACUGAAGUGAUAUUGGAGCUUCCUCUGUUGUCAGACACGGUCACUUCAUGCCUGUCAAGUCACUCGGAGAUGCAGACUGCUGCUUGUGAGAUAGCAGGAGAAAGCGGGCUCCCGACGGCGUCCUGCCUCGCUCUGCCUCCUUGCAGUGAAGCGGGUUGUGAGGCCCGAGCUGACUCCACUGUGACUGUGUUGUGCUGCGAGCCUCUGGGCCCUUUCUCUGAUGGAGGAGCCGUAGAUGUGCCCAGCCUCCAAGCAGCUCUGGGCCAUGCGUUUAGCUUUGUUCCCAUAGAAACGAUCAAGGACAAACCUACAGAGUGUUUUUUGGAGGAGAGAGGGCCUGUUGAUGGAGAGCAUAUUUCUCUGUAUGAGCAUUCGUAUUGCCGACCGGACACCAACAAAGAUCAGCUUUGGAAGAAAAUCCUGAGUUUGCAUGCAAAGAUCCUGGAACUGGAUCACAGGGAGGAGACGACCGUGGCCAAAAUCCGUGAACUGGAGAACGAGAUAACCCUCCUGAAGAGAGACGGAGCUGUUUUCAAAGAGAAACAGAAAGUUUUAGAAGACUUUAUAUCAUCUGUGAUGAUCUGAUUUUGCUGUGGAAGUGGAUGUGCAUAUAUUGGAGUUGUAAUUGGUUCAAAGAGUGUGUUCUGGAAAACAAGCGGUUCUGGAGACAACGGCUUGGGAUAAAAUGAAGGGCACUCAGGAAUUCAAACAGUCGCAGUGACCAAAAGUAUCCCUGAAGAGAUUCAAAUUCCCCGACAGUGACUAGUCCAUUUGGAGACUAUUCCGCCAGGAGGGGACGGCAUAUUUAAAGGCCGUCUUCCCCAGUUCGGCUCUGACUCUGGGAACAGAUAAAAAAAAAAAAAAAAAAAAAAAAUCCUGGAAGCG